AUGUCCACUGAAUUUGUUGGCUGGGAUUCCGAUGAGUCGGACUUCUCCGAGACCGACCUCUCGUUUCGCGGCCGCCACGGUCGUGGCGCCCACAUUCGACGGCGCUCCGUGUCCCGCCCUCGCCCUCCUCCCCGCGAAUACCAAGAAUACCGCGAAACACUGUACCCUCCACGGGAGACUCGAGUUUACCGCUCCGCCUCCACAGGCGGCCGUCGCCAGCGCGAUGUGGGCCCCAGCGUAACUAUCAUCAAUAAGCAAGCGGCCGACGCCCGCGCCGUCAACAAGCCCCGCCACCGGACCGAGCAGAAGCUUAUUGACGCCGAAUCUGAAGAGGACUACCCCAUCGCCCGCGACCGUAGCUCUCGCCGUCGCACUACGUCUAACUUGAACCUGAACGUCGAGCGCACCCCGUCCCCGUAUCACCGGGACUAUGAACUCAUGAUGAACCAGCGUCUGCUGGACCGCAACGACGUCCGCCAGGACUUGGAGAUCUGGAAGGCGCAGCAGGAGAUCGAGCGUCUGGAGCGUGAACUGGAGAGGCGCCGUGAGAAGCCUCGUCCUGUCGAGGCCCCGCCUGCGCCUCCCGCUCCGCCUGCUAUGCCUGGCGCUCCCCUUGUCCCCGUUAUCCCGGCCCGUGAGUCACGGCUCCUCCGAGAGGAAGAGGAGUGGUACGAGGAUGAAAUCAGUGAGCGGCUGCGUCGUCUCGAGCGCUAUGAGCGCAAGAGCAAGGAAGAGGAGCUGCAGCGCAAGAGCGAGCGUGCGUGGCGCUUGAAGAAGUUGGAGGAAGCGGAGAAAGAGGCCGCCGAGAAGGAGGAGUUGAAGGAGCGUAUCAAGCAGGAGAAGAUCAAGGAGAUGGAGCGCCAGCAAGCUGAGGAAGCUGAGCGCAACAAGAUUAAGCAGCAGCUCAUCGAGGAGGAGCGGCGCAGAGCCCUAGCUGCCGAAGAGGCCAGGAAGGCCCAGUUAGCCAUGAAGGCUGCUGCCGUUGAGGAAUGGAAGUUGGAGCAGGAGCGCAUUAAGCAAGCGGAGAAGGAGGCUGCUAUCAGGAAGGACAAGGAGUUCCGCGAGCGUCUCCGCAUCGAGUUUGGCUAUUCCGAGAAGGAAAUCGAACACAUCCUCAACAAAAAGGAGCGAGAGGAGCGGGAAGCCAAGGAGAAGAAAGAGAAGGAGGAAAAAGAGGCGAAGGAGAAGAAGGAAAAGGAAGAGAAAGAGAAGAAGGAGAAAGAGGAGAAGGAAAGGAAGGAGAAGGAGGAAAGGGAACGAGUAGAAAAGGAAAAGACCACUUGGAUCAAGGUCCACCGCAAGCACCUCCUUCCCGAGACUCUGAUCGCCUACAACCUUCCUUGGGAGUGGGAUGAGCGAGACAGCAACUACAUUAUCAUCAAGCGAUGGAUCACCGAGGACUUCCAAGAAGAACUCUUCAGCCACACCCGACGCCUUCGUGAAGGCAAGGUCAUUGCCCAAACUUCCUCCUCCACCACCGAGCUGAAGAUCAACGACCGCAACAAGGACAAGAUGUACCUGGUGCGGAAGAAGAGCCCCAGCCGUCGGCUGCGUAUCUUCGCCUGA